AUGGCUCCUCGCAAGCCCGUCACUCGUGCUGGCGCUGUGUCUGCAGCUACCACACGUUGCAGUGCGCGUCUUGACAAGAGAGCGCCAUCCCCAGCAACCGCCACCCACCGGCCUGUCACGGACAAUAAGCGUCGCAUCACCAGGACCAAGGCGACACCAAAGCCGAAGCCGAAACCACUGAAAUACGACUGCACAACGUGUGGCCGCAAUCUCGCAGCAUCCUCGUUUCCCAAGUACGCCAUCGCCGAGUCCUGCGACCAUCUCAUCAACACAUGCAAAGCGUGCGUGAAACAAUGGGUCAAUGUUCAGCUCGAAAUGACGACUUAUGAUAAGCUCAGCUGCCCGCAAUGUCCCUCCACCAUGAUCAACGAGGACGUGCAACGCGCUGCUGCGCCGAAGGUGUAUCAGCGCUUCGUUGAGAUGGAGAGGCGUGCAUUGCAGAGAAAGUGCCUGGGUGGCGCUGUGCAUGAGCCGUUGCGGAGGAAUCCCGAACUGGCUAAGCCGAAAGUCACCGGCACGAAGACCGAGGAGGAAGGUGAGGACGAUAUGGCUAUUGUAAGUCCCGAGGCCUGGGAAAAAGUCAGGAAAGCCAACAAGGAAGCCAACACCAUCGAUCUCGAGGCCAUGGAUGAGGAGCGCUUCAUCAAUGUGAAAUCAGGCAAGCGCAAGCUGCGCAGUCAGAAGACUCCACACCCCAAAGAUGGGACCACGCACAUCAAGUCUCCCAAGAAGCCCCUUCCUGAGAUCGACUCGGACACCAUCUGCAUGUGCAACACUUGCAACGCCUCCGCAUGUGUGUCCUGCGACCGCCCCUAUCAUGAAAGUGAGACGUGUGCCCAGUACCAAGGCCGCAGGAAGCGUCAGACGGAGACUGAGGAGAAGGCUUCUGAGACUCUCAUCGGCAAGAAGUGUAAGCAUUGUCCCAAGUGCAAGAAGAAUAUCGAGAAGAAUGGCGGGUGCGAUAUGGUUACUUGUACGCAAUGCUAUACGAAUUUCUGCUGGCGCUGCGAGCUCGACUACGUCGAAAUUCGCAAGACCGGCCAUGGUCGGGGCUGCGCUUAUGCUCGUCAAGGCGCCAUCGAUCCGCACAAUAUGCAAGCAGCUAUGCCGCUGCCUAUGCUGCCACCAGUGUUUUUUGGCGGUGGCGGUCCUGGUCAGAUGGUCGGUGCAGCUCUGAACGCCGCGCUGGCCUGGGGUGGUGGUGGACCCAAUGACAACGGCGGCAAUGCCAAUCGCUAG